ACACAGGGGGAGGAACUUUGAUCAGUGCUAGUUAGCAGUCAGCUAGCUGGUUUUUUUCUGUUAUUUUCAUAUUUUUGUGUGUUGUUUCAUAUGCAGAGAGAUGUGGUUUAUUUAUUUACUCAGCUGGCUGUCGUUGGUGGUCCAAAUAUCCUUCGUCACUCUAGCAAUAGCUGCUGGCCUGUACUACUUGGCAGAACUAAUAGAAGAAUACACAGUAGCCACCAGUCGAAUAAUAAAGUACAUGAUACUGUUCUCGACAGGUGUGCUGGCAGGUCUCUAUGUUUUUGAAGGCUUCCCAAUGUUGAUGGUGGGAGUCGGCCUCUUCACCAACCUGGUGUACUUCGGGCUCUUACAGACCUUCCCCUACAUAAUGCUGAGCUCCCCCAACUUCAUCCUCUCCUGUGUGUUGGUGGUGGUGAACCAUUACAUGGCCUUUCAGUACUUUGCACAGGAGUAUUAUCCAUUUUCAGAGGUGCUGGCCUACUUCACCAUCUGCCUAUGGGUGAUCCCCUUCGCCUUCUUUGUGUCACUGUCAGCGGGGGAAAAUGUGCUUCCGUCCACCAUACAGCAAGGAGAUGACGUGGUGUCUAAUUACUUCACCAAGGGCAAGAGGGGGAAGAGGUCAGGGAUCCUCCUCGUGUUCUCUUUCCUCAAGGAGGCAGUGCUGCCUAGCCGACAGAAAAUGUACUGAGGAGCUUGGACUCGGGGUGCAGGUUCGGGGGUUGGGGCUGUUUGAGUCUGUGUGUGUGUGUGUCUGUGUGUUGGAGAUUAAGGGGAAGCAGGAAGGACUGUGGAAAUUUGUUUCUGGAUGGGACUAAAACAAAGCAGUGGCCAAAAACGGGGAAGGAGAGCACAUGAAGAGGACGGACCAAUGAACAGAACAGAGCUUCCUGCUGGACGAGCCAAUGAGUUUACACAGGCGGUGUUUGUCUGUUGUUGUCUUUCUGUCCGUUUGUACCGACACUGACAUUGAUGCCAACGACAUCUACUACAGACCUGACUGAGGGGAUUCUGUCUGUAGCACAAUGCUUUCUUACUGUCACGUUGGACUCCUUCAUUUUUUAAGCUUUGGUAUUAAAAUGUAUGUGCAGGGUCUGACACUAACAACCACCCUGUAACUUUUGACUGACAGAUAUGUCAUCAUCAGUUUUCUUCUUGACAUCCUGCUUUGAUUUGUGUCUUGUAGGUCUCUCACUUCAUCUGAGUCAAUACACAAAGUAGCAUUAAAGACAAAAUGCAACGGCUCAAAACUUUUGUUCCCUCAGAUGAAGCAGGUGUGUUGGAGAUGAAAGAGGCAGUUUAAAGGUGAAGUCCAAGCUUGUUAUUUUGAGUGUGAAGGGUCAAUUCAGCUGCAGGAAAAAUUCCACAGGUCGUCAUAGGAGCACUUAUUAAGAUGACUUAAAGUGAGAGAGGGCAGUCGGUGGUUAAGUUGUAAGGAAUCAGCUUCUAAUCUAUGGAGAUAAUUUUUAUCGGACUACAAUGAGAACAGUGAACUGUGUGAGGAUUUUUGUUUUCUUGCAUCUUACACAUUCAUUAAUCAGCAGCGCUGUAGUCUACAAUCUGCCUGCCUGUUUGGAUUGUUUUUAAGAAUUCACAGUAAUAACACACUCACUUUUGCACAGUGAUCAUCAACGAGAAAUGAAGAUGAACCUGUGCAGUGACUCUUGUUAGUUUACAGGUGGUAUACUGGUUUGAUGAAAGUACUGUUAAAGAGGCAGAAAUUCUAGAGAUUAUAAACUUUCUAACAAUUGAGUGCGAUUCAUUGUAGGCUGGUAUGGACACAACCGCAUAAUAAAAGAUUUGUUGAAAUAACUUGUAGAUUAAAUGGUUCUUUUCACAGGUUGGUGUUCAAAGAAAUAAUGGAAAAGCUACAGGUACUUAUCCUCAUCAUUUCCAAUUUAACCAGGUUAGUUCACCCAAACUGUAUUAAAUUUUAUUUGCAGUAUGAUGGUUUUUCUAACUGUUGUGAUGCUCUGAACUCUGCUCUCUCAAGAAUAGCCUACAUGUGUGUGCCAGACUGUCUGAAUGGCAUUAUCUUAUCCAAGUCCCAUGUGGCCUAGUCACAGUGGGUGCACCAGGUUGAGGCAAGUGUGUACUUUGACCCCCACUGAGGUGUGAAGUGCUUCAUGAAGUAAAGGAAAAAGACAAAACCACAACACACACACACACACACACCUUUAGUUGACAGGCCACAGCUCGCAGUUACACACACGCGCUGUUGACAGGCCCUCACCUGGAUCCCGAGUCAGUUCCCUGGGGGGGAUCAGUGAAAGUGCAGGGGCACAUCUGUGACAGGUGACCCACUUCACUGAGGUUUUCUCACCUUUCGCUCACCUCUCUGUUCACCCUGCUUUUGGAGCUACAGCGUCUGGAGUGUGUGGUAUUUUUAAUUGUGUCACUUUGAGCUGAAGUUGUGGGGUGGCUGGAUAUUUUAUGAGGAUGCUUUUAUGUCUGUUAAUACUGUAGAUGUGAGAUUGUACAGAGGACACUGUCAGAUCUCUGUGUUAUACAGGGUUUUUCUGAAAUGAAAUCCUCUAAUUAUUAUGCUUUGUUGUUAAUUCCUAUGUCAUUUGGUAUAAAAUCUGUGAAGGCAUGU